UGAUAUCCAGAAGAGCGAAGGUCGUUAAAUUCGUUAACACCACUCAACUCAUCAGUCAUCACAGCAACCAGCAAUGGCGUCCUCAUCCUCAUCAUUCACCAUGCUCCUCUCCGCACCCAAUCCCUCACUCUCUCCUUCUUCCUCUCGCACCACUCUUUCUACUCUCCGCACCACAUUUCUUCCAACACUUUCUUCUUCUCCAUCUCCUUCUCCUUUUUCCCCGACGGCGAUUACCAGAAGAAGGGGAAAGUCUCUCUUGGUCUCCGCCGCGGCGGCUGGGGCGCUUCAGGCUUUGAUAUUCGACUGCGACGGCGUGAUAUUGGAGUCCGAGCACUUACACCGACAAGCCUACAACGACGCCUUCUCUCACUUCAACGUCCGCUGCUCCUCUUCAGCUACGGAACCUCUCAAUUGGGGACUCGAGUUCUACGAUGAGCUCCAGAAUCGAAUUGGCGGUGGAAAACCUAAAAUGCGAUGGUAUUUUGGGGAGUAUGGAUGGCCAACUUCAAGGAUUUUUGAGACGCCUCCGGACAAUAAAGAGGAUAGAGAAAAGCUAGUUGACAUUAUUCAAGACUGGAAGACUGAGAGGUACAAAGAAAUAAUCAAAUCUGGAACUGUUAAGCCUAGACCAGGAGUUUUAAGAUUGAUGGAUGAGACGAAGGCUUCUGGUAAGAAACUGGCUAUUUGCUCUGCAGCAACCAAGAGCUCAGUUGUACUCUGCCUUGAAAAUUUAAUAGGGAUUGAGCGAUUCCAAGGUCUUGAUUGCUUCCUUGCGGGUGAUGAUGUGAAGGAGAAGAAGCCUAAUCCUUCAAUUUAUCUAACUGCUGCUAAGAAACUUGGGGUGUCAGGUGGUGAUUGCUUGGUGGUGGAGGAUAGUGUUAUUGGGCUACAGGCAGCAACAGGCGCUGGGAUGCCUUGUAUAAUUACAUAUACAUGUUCAACUGCUAACCAGGAUUUUAAAGAAGCAAUAGCAAAGUUCCCUGACUUGAGUGAUGUCAGAUUGAAGGAUUUAGAGAUAUUGCUUCAGAGUUUUGUGCCUGCCAACUGAAAAAAUCUAUCCAAUAUCUUAGAAUGUGUACAGGUUGCACUGCCGAUAGCCAGAUUCACAAGUUCGCGCUGUGUGUCAUUUAAGGUACCAUCACAUGACUGGUAUUUAAUUUUGAGGAUAUUGCAAGUGAAAAGCUAAGCUAUCCUCGACUUAGAUCAUCAUUCAUUUUGGAAUCUUUUAUAAAAAACAGACAUUAAAUUGUAUCUCUUCCUCCUAAGAUAUUACACUCUACCCAAGUUAUUCAUCUGACAAGAUAUGGAUCCUCUGUCUCUGUCUGGGUGAUUGUAUAUGCAUGUCCCACAUGCACGUAAGUCAACAUUAUAACAUUUGGCAAAACUCAAAACUCCCCUGUUGUUUGGGUAUCUUGUAUUAAUUUAUAAACAUUGGUUGAGCUUGGACAAGGGAGAAAGACAAGACCGUCCUUUAAAAAAAUCUUAUUUAGUUAAA